AAAAGACUUUAUCAGAUAAAAUAUUUCGAGUCAGAUCAAAUUUCUGAAUACAUACUCACCUACUCCGCAUCUAACAUCAUUAUUUUCAACCACCUCAAUAAUGUCUCUAGUCAAAUAUAAAGACUUUAUCAGAUAAAAAUAUCCCCGAUCAGAUAAAAUAUCUCUGAAUACAUACUCACCUACUCCGCAACUAACCUCUUAUUUUCAACCACCUCAUCUACCAAACAAAAACAUUUAUUUUACCCACCUUUAACACUCACUAUAAAAGCAACACUUCACACAAUAAUUCUUAUCACUUACAUCUAUCAUUUAUAUCACUUACAACUCACAUUUCUAUCACUCACUACACAAGUAAGAAUGUCAAGUGAGUAGAAAAUAAUUGUUCUUGUUCAUUGGAAUGGAGUAUUGACCAAUGUUGACAACAAAGUCAAAUACUCUUCAUUUCCAAAUGCGGUACUUUUUUUAAAUGCCGAUAUUAGCUACACAACCUUAUGUGAGCGUAUUAUAACUGAGAUUUCUCGUGGUGGUUUAAAUGAAAUAAAAAUCAUUCAUGGAAAAUUUCAUUUUGAUACUAGAGAUGGUGUGUGUUGCAUCAAUGUCGUGGCCCAUACACGAUGAACAGUCGUGGAUCUAUUUUGUGCAAAUAGCUUCGAACAUGUAUGACCGAUUGGAGCUAUUCAUUGAUGCAAACAAUACGGAUGUGGUUAUUCCAUUGCAUGAAGUCCCUUAUAGGCGGCGGCGCAACCGGGAGCCAUUAGCAUCAAACCAAGGUCCUUCGAUGGUUAAUAUAUGGAGCCACCACAUGAGGACGUGGAGAAUUAAGAUGACCCCGACUACAACUAUCUUUCAUUUUUGGAAGAGGAAAGCACUUCCGAAAAUAGUGAUGAUAGUCGUGACUCAUCUUGGUUGUCCCACAUAACCAAGAGGAUCCGUUUGUGGAACCCGCAUACCGUGUGGUACACCCAAUAAAAGUGGGAAAUAUGAUUCGUAUGACAAACUAAAAGAAAAACGUGUGAGCAUUCUGGAGUGAAGCAAAACGUGUUAAAUACUGGAGGGCGAAAUGCAUCCAUGACGAGGUAUGUUCAUGGCACAUUCAAGUUUCACAAGUGAAGAAUACAAACUCGUGGAAAGUAAAGAAGUAUCAACCCCACCAUAACCGCAUUUCGGUGUCAUAGGUCAUCGCUUCUGAAAUCAGUUCUACGAUUCGCAUAAAAUCAGAGUAUAGCAUUAAGCUAAGAAAUCCAUGACAUAUAGCACAAAUAUAACAUUCAUGUUGGAUAUAAGAAAGCGUGGUAUGCUCGUAAAUUUGCACCGAAGAAACGGUUCGGCAACUGGGAGACAUCAUACAACGAUCUCCAAAAAGUCUUACAAGUAAUGGCGUAUACUAAUCCAGGGAGCAUAAUUGAUAUUCAAAGUGAUAAAACCAACACCCAAGGUACAUAUGAAUAUAAAUUUGCAUUUCGGUCAAUAAAAGCGGCAAUUGAUGGGUUCAAUCACUGCCUUCUGGUGGUGUCCAUUGAUGGGACUCACUUGUACGACAAGUACAAUGGUCAUCUCCUAGUCGCGGUGGCAAUGAAUGCCAACUGUGAAAUCUACCCUCUAGUAUUUGGUGUGGUAGAUAGUGGGAAUGCUUUUAGUUGGACGUGGUUCUUACAAUUGCUUGUGACACAAAUCAUAGGGCCGCAUCGGAAUGUUUGCAUCAUCUCCGAUCAGCAUGCUGCUAUAGAUUAUGCACUUCAAAAGGUGACAAAAUUGGGAACACCAUGAAUUCAGAUAUGUUAUUGUCUUCGCCACAUUAGAAGCAGUUUCAUGUCCCAAUUUAGAAGUAAACAACUAAAGAAGUUGUGUUGGCGAGUGGGAAAUACCCCAAUUGUAAGUGAAUUUCACCAUUUCAUGCAACAAAUUCGAAGUACUAACGAGAGAGCAUUCAAGUAUUUAAAUGACAUUCCCCAAGAAAGUGGACACUUUGUUUUGAUGAUGGUUGUCGUGAUGGUAUUUUAACGACAAAUCUUUUAGAAAGUUUGAACAAUACUCUUAAAGGAUGUAGGACAUUGCCAAUCACUGCCCUUGUACGAACGACUUCUGACAAACUAGUCCAGCUCUUUGCACAAUGUUGUAGUGUUGGUAUGAUGUGGCAGCAAGCAUUUUCCGGACAACAUUUAGAAAAAAAAGAUUAUGGAGCGUUGGCACCAAAGACCACACACUAUGGUUCUUCCACACAAUCACUACACAAGAUUUUACUCAGUCGCCGUAGAAAAUGAAACACAUGUUACGGUGCAUCUAUUGAGACGUGCUUGUGAUUGCGGUUGUUGGAGGAUGAACGGCAUGCCAUGCGUCCAUGCGCGUGAUGUCUGCCAUUUUCUUAAGUGCUCUAUUGAUGAACUUAUUCCUGAGGUAUACAAACUGAGUUCUUAAAUAAAUGCACAUUGCAGUGAUAUUAUGUCAUUGCCAAAUAUGAAUGAGUGGCCACAAAAUGAGUUCAUUCUUCUACCGCUCAAAUAUCCAGAACUUCUCGAGCAGGACGCCGUCAAGAAACAAGAUUUCCAAAUGAGAUGGAUAUGUGUUAAAGACGUAGAACACAACAUGAUUGAUUCAUAUUUGUACUUUGUAGUAGUGUAUUAUUUCUUUUGUUUGUAGUUUGUUUUAAUGUUGUAACACUUUUAUUAGUCAUGUGUUUUAAAU